UGUCUGCUUUCGUGAUGGGUCAGCGACUCAGUGAGGACUCUGAUGAUACAGAGAUUGAUGUUGCUGAACUGCAGGAGUGGUAUAAAAAGUUUGUGGUAGAAUGUCCGAGCGGGACCCUGUUCAUGCACGAGUUCAAGAGCUUCUUUGGGGUAACUGAUAACCCGGAAGCAGCAGAUUACAUAGAAAACAUGUUCCGUGCAUUUGACAAAAAUGGGGACAACACUAUUGAUUUUUUGGAAUACGUUGCAGCCUUGAAUCUUGUGCUUCGAGGAAAGCUGGAGCACAAAUUAAAAUGGACUUUUAAAAUGUAUGACAAGGAUGGUAGUGGCUGCAUUGACAAAACCGAGCUAAAGGAGAUUGUCGAGUCAAUCUAUAGACUAAAGAAAGCCUGUCACGGUGAACUUGAUGACGAAUGCAACCUACUGACCCCAGAUCAGGUGGUGGACCGAAUAUUUGAGCUAGUGGACGAGAAUGGAGAUGGGGAGUUGUCUCUGGAUGAGUUCAUUGACGGGGCACGACGUGACAAGUGGGUCAUGAAGAUGCUGCAGAUGGAUGUUAACCCUGGAGAGUGGAUCAAUGAACAACGACGCAGGAGCGACAACUUUUGAAUAAGCCCUUAAACCUUUACCAUAAGCCUGUCCCUUAAACCUAGCACACAUAGCACAGAUAAUAUAUAGCUUCUCAAUUAGAAAUGUUAGCACCGCGAACAUUAAUGUUAGUUCUCAUCAUCUUUUUUUAUGAAAUAAGGUGUGAAGUGUGAUUUCCGGAUUCUCCACUAGUUCCUGCGAAACGCGAGAUCCAGGGGGCCAGGUUGUCUCUAGAUCCAGUCUACUCCCAUUGCAUUGUGAUUGGUCGACACUGGAUCUAGUCUCCUCCUACUUCGUCUUGAUUUGUCGAUUGGUGGACACGUCAUACACCUGUUGUUCCUCUACCAUUUCCGGAUUAAGUUUUAACUAAAGUUUUUAAUUUGACAGAAAAACAUGGUUUGCUUGUUGAAACUUGCUGAAGACAAAAAUUAUUUACUAUCGUGUUUUAAAUAACAUAUUUUAUACGUUUUAGGGUAAGGGUUUGGGUUAGAGUACUUUUAAUAACGUAUUUUUUACAUAUAGGUUCAGGGUAAGGCUAAGUGUAUUUUGAUUACAUUAAUAAGAUAUAAAAACUUUGGCGACCACGGUUUGCAACUUAACUCUCCAAAUCACGCUAUAAGUAUAUAAAGUGGGAGGAGUCAGAUCCAACCACACGCCCCCUGGAUGUCGUGUUCUUCAGUGAGGACCGUCUUGCAUAAUGAUUCGUGUCUCUGUUAAUUCCUCUUCGUUUCUUAUACUCACAGUCUAUUUCUCAUCCUUCAUUGCUGUGUAUAUAUAUAUUGAUGUUUUCUUUAUGUAUUGCUGUCGAACAUUUGUCAAAAGCUGUCAAACUCUGUGGAUGUAAUGCAUUUGGAUUUAAUUUCAGAUAUUACACAAUCACAUAGGAUACUGUAAUAACACGUAUCGACAAUAUGUUGUCAUAUCU